UGUCCAUUGGGUUUUUCAGAAUUUAUCUCAGCCUCUCAUGUGGAUGGCCUUAUCCAUCAAAGCAUCCCAGACAUGCAGGAGGAUGAAACAUACACCUCUCUUCAGUGGGAUACUCCAACAUCAAACCCUUAUCAGAAACAUUUGUCUUCCACCAAAAAUUCAGGAGUAUGGUGUCUUGUGACGGUGAUCUUAUGUAUUUUCUGCAUUGGCUCAUUAGCAACCUCCAUUUUCUUGGGCAUCAAAUUGUUUCAGAUGUCCACUACUAUAAUGAAGCAGCAAGAAAAACUCAUCCAACAGGAGAGAGCACUGCUCAACUUCACACAGUGGAAGAGAAGCCCCAACCUACAGAUGACAUAUUGCCAAACCUUAAUGCAGAAUUCUUUCAAUUCAGCCUAUAACUGCACCCCUUGUCCAAACAACUGGAUUCAGAAUGGAGAAAGUUGUUACUACGUCUUUGAAAGCUGGAAAUUUUGGCACACUAGUAGAGAGGAUUGUUGGAAGAAGGGCUCUGAUCUUCUGCAAAUAGAGAGCAAAGAAGAAAUGAACUUUAUCAUGGGCAGCCUGAAGAAGAUCAAAAGAAACUAUGAUUACUGGGUAGGACUGUCACAGAAUGGGCCCGACCAACCUUGGCUUUGGCAGGAUGGCUCCUCUCCUUCCGCUGACCUGUUGCCAAGACAGAGAUCCCAGUCAACUAAUCAGGUCUGUGGAUACCUCAGAGACAACGACCUUUCUUCUGCAAACUGCAGCAUUUGGAAAUAUUUCAUCUGUGAGAAGUACGCACUAAGAUCUUACACCUGAAAGAAACUUUGCUUAAAGUGAUCACUCCAUUAUGAUCAUAUUUGCAACAGAUCCUUCAAAAACCUGUAAUAAUGAGCCUACGAGCCAGCGCAGAACUAAACCAGUGCAAGGGCUGUAAAACCAGCUACCUGGGACACAAAAUCUAUCUUGCCUUUACACUUGGUAGUAUUCCUCAGUGCUUUCCAGAUGUUUCUUUGACACUGUUCAAAUUAAUUACCAAGGAUAAAAUUGGUUUAGAGCAAUAGACGACAAAACUGUAAAGAGUGGAGAACAAGCUGAAGAAAAAUCAUUUCCAUUUGUCUUUUAUUUUUCUUUCUCUCUCUAUUUUUUUUUUAAAUUUAGAGUGACUGUAAACUCUACAGAAAAAUCAAUAAAUCACUGGCAAGAUGAUGCAAUUUUAGCUAACUGAUGCCUUUUUUAAUAAAUGAAUAAAUGUGA